UGACGAAAGGAGAAAGAAGCGAAUGCUCUGUAGCCUGUGAAGGGAAAGAUCAUGCCCAGGUUUAAUUCUACAAACAAUGUUUGUUUAACCUUAAAACGUUAACUGACCAAGACACAGUCGUUCGAAAGAUGCCAUCGGUUGGUCGAAGGGGGUGUUGGACCGCGUGGUGCCAAGUUGUCCUUUUCGGGGCUUCCGCUGUCGUUAUUGUGGCCGAGAGAACCGCAUUGAUCUACUGCUUUGUGUACUACCUAUGGCUUGGCCACAUGCUGUGGGCCGGGCUGACUCUUGCCCUCAUCCUGCCGGGAUUGGCUGCCCAGGUCUUGAGUUUCUUGUGGUACCACGCUGAUGGAGACCAGCGCAAAUGUUUCCUCUUCCUCAUUCACCUUCUGCACCUAGGCAUUUUCAAAAGGUUUGGUGACUGCAUGCUGUCUGUGUGGCACAUGCAUGGAUCUACAGGCGAGCUUGGUGCUGCAGUGAUGCAGCAAGCAGAUGUGUCUGCCCUCCGCCUGCUGGAGGCACUGUUGCUCACCCUUCCACAGACCUUGCUGCAAACAUACAUUCUUGUCACCACCGAUGUGGGCCUGCUGUCACCAGUGUCUUUCUGUUGCGGGAUUUGCUUGCUGUCCUUGUCCUGGGCCCUGGUCCUGUACAGUCGGGCGUGCUGCCUGAUCCGGCCCGGUCACCUGGCCAUGCCCCCUGCUGCCCUGCUCUGCCAGCUGUUGUGGAGGGUAGGCAUGCUGGGUGCCAGGAUCUGCAGUCUCAUGUUCUUCGCCAGAAUCUUCCGCUGGUGGGUCUACGGAGUUAUAGGUUUCCACUGGCUGACCGCUUCCUUCUGGAUGGUGUCCCAGCAAACAGACAUCUGUAUCAGCCCCUGGCACUGGCGUCUGUUCAACUGCAUCCUGGGAGCUGUACAUGUCUUCUUCUUCCUCAACGUUAAAGAUGGCCCCUCACGGUUUCGCAUGGCUGGCUUUUACCUGGUCAUGCUAUUGGAGAAUGCCAUGCUGCUUCUCUCAGCCUCAGACUUCCUGAGUGAGGCAACAUUGGAAAGCAUGAGCUUCCCCACUGCUGUGCUCUGUAGUUUCCUCCUGGGCGUUACGUCACUGAUCCUAUAUUACCGCUUCCUGCACCCAAAAUCCACCGAAAUCUCCCAGAGCCUACGCCAAGGUCACAUCAGCAGCGCAUGUCUGGAGAGGGGCGAGUCCUCUUUUUCAUUGGGUGACAAGAGUGUGCCUGUCCCUCCUGACCACAACCACAGCAGCAUUGUCCUCCCUGGCCUAGCAGGUUCCCUGGUGGAACAUUGUGGACCCUGUGGUGCCAAGCCCAAUGGGAGGGAGUGCAGGCACCACCACUGGCUGCUGAUUCGGCUUGCGCUCAAGACGGGUGACCUGGCUAAGAUCAACCUGGCCUAUGGUGCUGGAGGAGUGGCCGCCAUACUGGAUGUGGAGGAGUGCAACCCCGAAAUCAAAGACAGGGGUGUCCCCUCGCCCCUUUCGCCCAAAUCUGAGUCAAAGGAGGCCACAGCACCCCUCUCAGACUGCAAGGAAGAGUUCCAGAGCAUCAGCGAAGCCACCACCUCCCCUGGGGGCCAGAGGGAUGGAGAAGAAGAGGAGGAUGACAGCCUGGAGAUGGAGAGCCCCCUGGGGUCCCCUGCCUCUGACUUCAAGAGGGGCUCCCCAGAGGGCAAGUCUGUAUUGGGGGACAGCCCUGAACCUAACUUCUGCCCCACCGAGUCCAGCUCCACUCUGUACUUCAGCGCUGACCCCCAGUCUCCCAUCAGCACCAGUAACCCAGGCCUGGAGAACCUACCGGACCUCAGCCCCAUCACAGGUGACAAGAGCUUGCAUGGAGGCAUCAGGGGCUUCUUGGGCAGAGUGGAACCUUGGUACACGUCGACCCCAAAACUGGACCCAGGGGUUCAGGAACAACCUGCUCCCCAUCUCGGGGGCCCCAGGAGGCAGCUGGUGCCACGAAGAAAAGAAGAUGUGAGGAUUUUUAAAAAACUUGAGCAGAAAGGGAACUCAAAGAAUGAAUAAAUAAUGGGGGGCUUCAAAAGCACAAACAUCCCACAUGUAUGGGAGUUCUCUCUAUAGGAAAUCAGACAGUCUUUGGUUUCACAAAGCAUUUUGUCCAGCGCAAAGAUGUGGCCAAUGUUCUGUACCAUUGCUUAAAAAUGGCAACACCUUUUUGUGCAAUUCUUUCUUAUUUUUUCUUUUUAACUGAUGUGUAUUCUUUUUAAAGAGAGUUUCUUGCUAUUAACUGUUUACAAUGAUUUACUUUACUAAGGUACAAAUAUUUAAACUAUAUAUUCAUAUAAUUUUCUUUUCCAAAUAGUUGUUUUUGCAGACUCUAAAAAAUGUAUUGUCCCAAUGUCUCAAACAGUCACGAAGGGAAAACAUCUGCUGUAAAACAGUACUUUUUGUAGCUUUAUUAUUCUAUGUUUCUAAUGUGUUCUUUUUCUUUUACCUCAUUUUGAAACAAGUGUACAUUCAUCAUCUUCAAUUGAUUCUAAUAAUAGUAAUAAUAAGCUCAAAUAAAGAGCUCAAAUAACUAACUUUACUUACACCUUAUCUUUAGCUGAAGUCAGUCCAUGCUUCGGCAUCUUUAGCUGGAGGUCAGAGUCUUCAUUAGGUUAUCAAGCAAUAAAAAGACUAUUAUCUGAAUAUC